UUCGUCCGCGAGAAAAAAAAAAAAAAGCCUUAUUCGCUAUUCGGCGACGCAGUUUCUUCUAAUUCCUCCUCGAAGACAAACCCAACCCAGUGUGUUUCAGUGAGAAGGACACUGAAGACUGGAAAGGGUUGUGUGACCAUGAUCUGACACAUUGAGGUCUGCAUUUUCUCCGUGGACUCUCACGUGCAGCACACGCAAACACGUCAGCCAUGUCUCAGUCUGAAUCUUGUGCAAAUGUGGGGGAAUGGCUGGGCAUACUUCGCCUGGAGCAAUAUUCUGAUGCAUUUCAGAGCGCCGGAUUGGCAACGUUAGAACAGUGUCGCAGCCUUACACCAGAUAAGCUGGAGUGGAUGGGCAUCACUCUGCCAGGUCACCAGAGACGCAUCUUGGCAAGUCUGAACAAAACACACGGAAAUCGUGAUGCACACACCCUUGGACAGUGCGAGCGAUCGGAGAAAACGGGAAGUGCCGAAAUCUUGGGGAGAGAAAGACCUGUGCCUGUCCCGCCAGGAGAAAAAUCUCUACUUCAGGACAAUGUGAAACAAGAUGGAGAGACUUUGAGGCCUACACCGAGGAAGCGAGAGAAACCAGUACCCAGAGAAAGACAAGUGUCCAGAAUGCAGGAGAACAGUGGAGAAGGAGAAAGGCCAGUCCCUGGAAAAAGACAGAUGGUACCUAGAAACAGAGAGGAGAAAGAGAGGAAUGGAGGGCUAGACGGAGAGAGGGAGAAGCCUGUGCCAAAAGAAAGGACUAAGUUUCACCUUACUACUGAAGUCGACUUGCACCGCAGCUCCCCUCCAGCUACGGACACCUCUUUACCCCCUGUUCCCCCUCGAAGCACUCCCAACUGCCCUCCACAGCGCUUCAUCUUACCCUCCGUUCAAACCCCUGGCUCCCCUAAACUAGAAAGAUGUGAGGUCAGAGCUUUACAGUGCCAAUCUGUGUCCCCAUGUUCCUCCCCUAUACCCACACAAGCACCAUCCUACCCUCCAAACCUCCCCUCUGCCCUGAAUAGGCCUCAGACAUUAGCCAUUCAGCUGCCUGCCCAACACCUAAGAAGUGAAGAAGGAAGAUCUUCACCUGUUUCUCCCAUGCACUCCCCCAUCAAUGACAGAAAUAUUCCACCUCUUCCUCCAAAAGCAGGAACAGCAUCUAAAGGCCCUCCACCAAUCCGUCAGCGGUUUCCUGCUCAGUCUCCCAGAGCUCAGAGCCCAUCUCCUACCAAGACAGGCACUGAUGACACACAGAAAGACCAAACUCCACAGAUCCCACCUCGCAUUAGGCCACCCAAAACUCACGAAAACCUACAACAGUUAACUCAGCCUGACAUACAGCCAGCUCUGCCUGCUAGAAGGAUCCCCCAACCUCCCAGUGAAUACAUGAUGGGUACGGUCAAUGAAAAUUCUGAUGACUACGAGGAUCCAGACAUAUUUGGUCUUUCUCUUCAUCGAAGUAACCCACCAGACAGGGAUAUGUCCCUGCAAGUGCCCGACCACUCAAAGAAGCGGCCAAGUUCUCUUUACAGUGAGGAUGGGCUGGUCGACGAUUAUGAGUAUGAAGGGGAUCUCCCCAGCCAGCAAGGCAGUUUUUACCUGCCAAACUCUGGCAUAUUGACUCCAGCCAUUAAAGAAGACACCUCUCAGCUUUCUGCUGUCAUUAAGAUGGGCUGGCUGGACAAGAAUCCACCUCAGGGGGCUAUUUAUUAUCAGAAACGAUGGGUAAAGCUAGAUGCUGACUACCUGAGAUACUUUGACAGCGACAAGGAUGUGUAUUCUAAGGGGAUAAUCUCAACAGCAUUCAUCACUAAUGUGACCACUGUGGGGGAGCUGAAGUUUGAAGUUGGUACAAACAAUCGAACCUUUAUCUUUAGGGCUGAAAGUGAAGCUGAAAGAAAUGAUUGGGUGACUGUACUGCAGGGGUGCACCAGGGGGCGCCAAAGGCACACUGUCAUGAACCCUGGUUCACCUUUCUCCCCUGACUGUCAGGGCUAUUUGGAACUAAAAGGGUUACGCUCCAAACUUUAUACCGUUGUCGCCUCAGAUAAAGUUUUCCUCUACAAAAAUGUCGAUGAUUAUCGUAUUGGAAUUGGUAUCACAUCUAUUGAGAUGAAUGUAGGAAACAUAAAAAUUUCAGAACGUCGAAGCUUUGAUCUCACCACACCUUAUCGCAUAUUUAGUUUCAUCGCAGAGUCAGAGCAGAUGAGAGACCAGUGGGUAGAUGCUAUGCGGAAAGCCAUAGCUGAAGCAUUGUCUAAUAGCGAAGUGGCUGAGCGGAUCUGGGCGGAGCCUAGCAACAGUCACUGUGCUGACUGUGGAGCACCGAAGCCGGAGUGGGCAGCCAUCAACUUGUGUGUGGUGGUCUGCAAACAGUGUGCAGGAGAGCACAGAGGAUUAGGUCCUAGCAUCUCGAAAGUUCGGAGUCUGAAGAUGGAUAAGAAAGUCUGGACAGAGGAGCUUAUUCAGUUAUUCCUGAUGAUAGGCAACGAGCGGGCGAACAGUUUCUGGGCAGCUAAUGUCCCGCCAAGUGAAGCUCUAACGCUCUCUAGCUGCAACGAAGACAGACGACGCUUUAUCACCAACAAAUAUCGCCAGGGCAAAUAUAGGAGGUACCACCCUCUGUAUGGAAACCAGACUGAGCUCAAUAACGCUCUUUGUAUAAAUGUGCAGUGCAGUGAUGUACUGGAGACGCUGAGCCUGAUUUUCUGUGGUGCAGAUGUGAAUUGUUCAACUGGGCUGGAAAGCCAACCCUCCCCCCUCUCCCUGGCCACCGCACACUCGCAGCCCCUGCAGGCUGAGUUAUUGAACCAUAAUCUGAACACAGAGCUGCCACGAUCAGAAGGGAUCGAGGCUAUGGACCCAGAACCUUACCCCAAACCACCUUCUGUGUCUCACAAUGGCUUCCUAUUCAAAACUCCAUCCAUGGCUCGAGCUGUCACAGAACGCAAGGCCAAAGAGGAGUUCAGUCGUCGCUGGUGCACGCUAAUUGAUGAAGUUUUCAGCUACUACGAAAGUGACAAGAACUCAAAUCCUAAUGGAGUUCUCAAGGCUUCAGAGAUCGUCUGUCUGGCUGUGGACACCCCUGAGAAACAUGGGUAUGACUAUACCUUUGAAAUUUACUCAGAAUCAGAGCGUCUCUACCUGUUUGGCACUGAUGACCCAGAAAGCCACAAGCAUUGGGUCAAGUCUAUCGCCAAGAGCUUUAUUCCAGCCAGUGCAGAGCCUUUGCUGAGAUUGGGGUUUGAGAGGAUUGGGAAGCUGAAAUGUAAAGACGGCUUGAACCUACAAAGUUCCAAAGUCGGGUGGUUUGCUCUGGAGGGGUCCGUACUUCACGUUUACCUGGAGGGAAGCCAGGUGGAGGAGAUCCAACUUCGCAAACUGAAUGAACUCUCAAUUCAGCAAGACAAUGAAGUGCUAGUUCUGGUGGAGAAAGGCAGAACUCUGUACAUAAAGGGAAAGAGAAAGUUGGAUUUUUCUUGCUGGUGUGCAGCUAUCCAGGCGGCAGCGGGGAGUGGAGGAGACACGCUGAAUGAGCAACAGCUCACAGAGACAGACAUACCUGUGAUAGUACACAGCUGCAUUCGCUAUAUCACACAGUGUGGUAUGACAUCAGAGGGGAUUUAUCGCAAGAGCGGAGUGAACUCUCGCGUGACCGCUCUGUGCGAGAGAUUUCGUAAUGAUGCUCGCAGCCUUUGUCUAAGGGAAGGAGAGCACCAGGUGGACGACGUCUCCAACACACUCAAACGCUUUUUCAGGGAGUUAGGAGAGGGACUGUUCACAUCAGAGGACUCCUGCUCCUGGCUCAGCACUGCAACCAUUCAGGACGAAAGUGAGAAAAUCUCCCAAUACAAGCACUUAUUGAACAAACUGCCUCAUGUCAACAAGGCAACACUACAAGCCCUUAUCAACCAUCUCUAUUGCGUGCAGCAUUUUUGUGAGAUGAACCAGAUGAACAUCCAUAACCUGGCCAUCGUGUUCGGUCCCACACUGUUCCAGACUGACGGGAAGGACUACGCCGCUGGCCGCGCCAUUGAGGACCUCAUAGAGCACUACAAACUCAUCUUUGAGGUGGAUGAGCAGCAACUGCAGAAGCACAUAGACGAAAUCCACGCUAUCAUCAAAAUGCGAGGAAACCAUAAGUGCCCUAUGGCCUCUGAACGAGGAGGCGACUUCAUUUGUACAGUGUACCUGGAAGAAAACAAGCCCACCGCAGAGCAGCAUGUAAAGAUCCCUGGCUCUAUGACAGCAGCAGAGCUCGUAUGUGAUAUGUUGGACCGGCGUAACAUCCCAGUUAAAGAAAAAGAGUACUGGAGCUGCUGGGAAAUCUGCAGCAAGGAGGAAAUGGAACGUCCGCUGCACUAUCAGGAGCGAGUCUUACCCAUUGUUCACUCCGUCGGCACCGAGUCUCAUCUGCUUAUCAAGAAACACCUCGCUAUGGAGGCCAUUAUUCAUUACCUGACCAGUAAAGGGGAUGCAUCCAAACACGGGAUGAUAAAAUUCAGAGAGGAGCGAAGCCUCCUGGGCUUGGGGCUUCCCACUGGAAAUUUCCAUGACCGUUAUUUCAUCCUCAAUACCACCUCGCUCAGAAUGUACAAGGACGUCAGAAGUAACCGUCCAGAACGUGAUUGGCCAGUGAAAAAUUUAAAGGUUUACCUAGGUAUCAAGAAGAAACUCCGUCCUCCCACAUGUUGGGGACUGACAGUUCUGUAUGAGACCAAGAAGCCAGAGCGACAGCAGUGGUAUCUCUGCUGUAACACCCAGUCAGAAGUGAGGGAGUGGUAUGCUACGUUUCUCAGUAUCCAGUAUGAUGGUGACGUGUGGCCUCAGGAAGGACUCCAGAAUAAGCGUGUGAGUCGUGAGUUGCCAGAUACGCGUCAUGGUAGCGUGUCGCUGAUCCCACUGCGUGGCAGUGAGAAUGAGAUGCGGAACAGCGUAGCCGCUUUCAGCCAAGACCCGCUUGCUCUCUUUAGAGAUGUUCGAUAAUGGUCUCAGCAGGAAGGCUGGAUCGUCAGCUUCAUCAGACGUCCUCUAGACAUUCCAGGGACUUCAUCAUUCUGCGGGUGUACACACCAGAGCGGCUCUGAGAAAAACACUUGUGCUGUUUGCGGAUAACGGCCUUACACUUUGAAUAUGUGCUGGAACAAGAAGUUCAACGGACAACAGACUCGCACUGCUUUCCAUGCACAGAUGAACUUUAGUCGAUGCACAAAAGCAGUGGCUCGGAGCUCUGGCUUAAAAAUAGAAGAGAAACAGUUUGUUGGACCGCAAUCACCCUGAAGAGGCCCUGAAUCGAUUCCAGCCUCAUUUGCACCCAUCGUUACCACUGGACUCAUGAGAGAAACCUUUAUUCCUUUAAUGCUUUUUUGUUGUUGUUGUUAUUGUUGUCACAAAAAGACGUAUUAGAUGCAGUAAAACUAGGCACAAGAAUGGUGUGCUUAGCAAGUUUUUGUUGUAGAGAACAAAAGUUUGACAUUCAUUUGUAGCUCAAUCAUUUUUUUAAAAAGUAUUUUCUGUACUACUUGCUCAACAACUGAUCAGAUCAGUGUGAAGUUUAAAUGAAGUAAUUGUAGCCAUUGUAAAGGUCAUAUCAGAGGAGGCUCUGACCUGAUAUACUCUGGAGUUUCUUCCGAGGGGACUAAACUGGACUUGAAAAUGACAGCUGAUGGAUGAUGUUAUCCACAGGGCAUUGGCCAGUCCUGUGGAAAAUUUUAGUCUGAGUUCCUUUUUUUUUUUUUUGUGCUUGUUGCCACUUUUUUGCAUAUGUGCAGUACUUUUGCAUACUGUGCGUUUAUGUGGGGAUGUGAAAUCAGAACUUUUGGGGAGUAAAGGAUUUUUUUCUCUUGUUUAUCACAGGCACUGCCUUCUCUUUGUAGGUGCUUUUUUUAAAACUCCUGGGCUACAAAAUGCAGCACAUUAACCAGCAGUAUUUAUAAAGUUUUAGAUUGUGAAUUAGUCACUUUUCUUUUUUGUUCUUUAUGCACAGCUUCGAAUCUUUGCAGCAGUGCGUUUUUAUAGUCAGAAGCACAAAAGUGGUGCUGGAAAAUCUGUGGGUACAAGAAUCAAAGUGCUUUACAAUACACCGUCAUUCCUUCUACAUGCGUCCAAGCUUGUAUAUAUUUCGUGUAAAGAAUGAAGCUGUCAACAGUUGCCUUACUACCUUCAUCCUUACUUCUUUUUAAUGUUGCCUGGAUGCCACCUUAAUGUAAAGACUUAUUUAUUUUGACAGCAGAGGACGCUGUGAUGCCGUGUUUUCUCAACCUGAGUUGGUGAUGACCUUCAUCUACAUGUCUGAACGCCUUGAAGUUGCGUACCUGUGAAGAGUGUGUAUUUACAGUAGUUACAUGUGUGCCAUUAACUGCCCUCUGACCUCAGCAGUAGUUGAUAGGACUCAACUGUGUAAUAACAUUGUAUGCAAAGUAUUCACUCUGUACUUCUCAAUGGUUUAUUGUUUUACAACAUUGAUUUAGAGUGGAUAUAUUUACUUUAACAAAGGUUAUUGAUGCUGAUCAUCAGAUUUUAGUUUGCAGGUUUAAAGGUAGCAUAUUAUAAGUUGUAACUUUCAGGUACAGGUGUGAUCUAACCACAUCAUUUUUCGCACCGGGGUUGCUUAAAAAUAAUCUCUUUUAUGUGAUUUUUUUUAAAUACUUAGCUGUACUAUUGAUGUGUUAAAAAUACACAAUUGAUUAUUUUACAGUUUUCAUUUGUAAUCUGGACACAUUUGUAGUAUUUUUUUUUUUAAUUUUAAUCAUUAUUAUUCCUUUUACACAUUACAAUUCAAAGUUGCAAAACAAAAGCCCAACAGAGCUUGUUACACUUUGUUGUGAUACUUCUUAUAUAUAGUGUUUCUCUUUGUGUCUGCCUUUCAUAUUCUGUUACUGUGCAUUUUACAAAUUAUUGCAUCUCUAAAACUCUAAUUAAACACAUUUGGCUAGUU